AUGACUCCACCAAAUUUACCCACCGGAAAACCAUAUUCGUUUCUAAUGAACAAAGAACGUCCAUCGUCACGUCAAAACCCUCUCAAAGUCAACAAAGAAUCCCACAAGAUCACCAAGAAUAAUCCGCCAUUGCCAAAACCUCAGAAUUCCAUCCAGCAGAUAGAGGAGCCUCGAAUUAUCUAUACGGUGCCACAACGAGUCAUCCACGUCGCUCCCCAUGACUUCAAAGACGUCAUCCAGCGCCUCACCGGUACCGAUCAACCCACCAGAGUCACUGAAGUUAUUUCGCCGGCAGCGAGGCUUGCUUCGAAUGAAAGAACGAGUCCGGAGAAGAAAGAAAGGUCUUCUUGGAGUAACGGAGACGAUGACAUGAUGCGGAUGUUGGAUAAUGGCGUGCAAACGAGUCAGUUUCCAGGUAUCUUAUUGCCAGAACCGGCGGUUCUGCCGCCGUUGCUUUAUGAGAAUUUUGUGCCACCGGUAUUACCGCAAAUGCAGUAUAACAAUUUUUUGCCACCGGUAUUGCCGCAAAAACAGUAUAACCGUUAUUUACCACCGACGUUGCCGCAAAUACAGCGUAACAACUUUUUGCCGGCGACGUUGCCACCAUUUUCUCAGGCGAAUUUGCCCCCGAUACCUUCAGAUACUUUCUUGAAGAACACUUGGCAGCGGAAACCGUCGGAUAUUCUCUCGCCGGUGACUUUGCCACAAUCAGAUAUUUUCUUGCCUGACAGAGGAUUACCGUCGGAUAUUUUCUCGCCGGUGACAUUGCCACCCACACAGUCAGGUAAUUUCUUGCCAAACAAUUGGAAGCCCUCGGAUAUUUUAUUGUCAGAUACUUAUCUACAUCCAGAUGUUUUCUCUCCGUCGAGAAUGCUAUCGACACAGUCGGAUAAUUUGUUGCCGGACAAUUGGUCACCAUCGCAUAUUUUACGGCAAUCGUCGGAUAUUUUCCCGCCGGUGACAUUACCACCGAAACAGUCAGACAUUCGCUCAGCAGAUAAGUGGUCACCGUCGAAAAUUUUAUCACAGGACCCUUGGUCCCCGUCAGAUAUUUUAUCGGCAGACACUAGGCAACAGUCUGAUGUUCUCUCGCCGGCAACAUUACCAUCGGCACAAUCAGAUACUUUCUCGACAGAUCCUUGGAAGCAGAUAGAGUCAGAUAUUUUCCGGCCGCUAGAAGUGCCACCAACACCAUCAGACACUGGGCUAUCGUCGGAUACAUUCUCACCGGAGACAAUAUUACAACGGAAACGGAAUGAAGUAUUUUCACCGGUUUUAGGCCCGCAGUCGCAGACGGUGUUGUCUUAUCCUCACGUUUGGCGUAAGAAGAACAACGUCUUUGAAGAACCGCCGGAAAUUAUCCCCGCUGACGUUGUUCCGCCACAGAGGCCAUCGAACCAGUUCAAUUCUUACAAUUACAACUAA